GGGGCCUUUUUUACGUAUGGGAUAUGAAUCAGCCGAGGGCAUUUCCGACUGAGUUUUACUUCCUUGUUUCACAGUAGAGACACAAGGAAAUUUAAUAUAUUUACGACAGACCUUAGGCCUACUCAGGGUAAAACCAUUCCACGUACACGGGACAACAUCCAGAAGCAUUGUUUGCCCUACGUGUCUACUGAGCCGGCGCAUCGGGCUUUUUAAAGUUUAGUUUUCAAGAGUGGGUGACAGGUGGUGGUAACUGCGAAAUCCAUGGGAAACACCGCUAUGGAUCGUGUUCCUUGCUCGUGGUGUGGUGCCGCCGUCUUCGCUCUAUUGUUAGUUUCUCAUCGUCUGCAGUCAAGUUUCUGACCAGCAACGGCUUUGACGGUGUUGACCUAGAUUGGGAAUUUCCUAGUGGGAAGCAGAGGAAUAGCUAUGCAGCUUUCAUUCAGAUUUUCAACGCUGAUUUGAAGAAGGCAGGCCUCCUGCUGUCUGCUGCAUUACCAAAUAACCCGUACUCCUUUAAAGCGGGGUUUGACCCUGGGACCUUGACAAGGGAAAUGGACUUUAUGACUGUGAUGGCCUACGACUUUCAUUUGUACUUGGCUGGCAGGGACAACAGGACUGGCUACAACAGUCCCCUCUUCACACCUAAAGGAGAGUCGAAAUUUCUCUCAACUGUAUGCAUGGCGAGACAGCUUGGAGCUGCUGAAGUCUUUGACAAGGAAAAUGUUGCAUCCUACCUCUACACUAAAAACAAAGACUGGGUGGCCUUUGAUAGCCAAGAUACCGUGCUCGCAAAGGUAAACUUCAUGAAGAAACUGAAGCUCGCUGGAGUUGGAAUAUGGGCCCUCCACCUCGAUGAUGUCACAGGAGUCUGCAAGGCCGGCCCCCUCCCCUUGCUCAACGAAAUAAAAAAGGCGCUUCAAAACUACAGUAACAGCACACUGGCAGAUAGCUGGAAAUAAUAAAAGUAAAAAAGCUCAACUCCAUGACGGGGAGAUAUCAAAAGAGCCGCCAUCUUGAUGACGUCAAAGAAGAAACAAUAGUAACUUCGAUUGUCUCCUUUCUACUGUAAGCUGACAAAAAGCCUUUUUUUCAGUUUUGGAGUUACAUUUUUUAAAUUUGCUAAAUCGAAAGCCUGAUCAGUUACCCUACUUGUGUGAAAAAAAAUCAAUUUGAAACUGUGAAAAGUUUUUGAAUAAAUUAGAAUUCAAAUUUCAGAAGAACGCUGUGAAUAGGCUGACGAAAAGGCCUCGUUAUCUCGAAACUGCUGAGA